AGAAGUGUAGAGUCGGCGCUCCGCUCCCUCCUCCUCCUCCUCUACAGCAGCCAGCCUCCCUCCGCCACAGACAGCCAGCCGAUCACCGUCCUGCUGCUGCGCGGACUCCCGUCUUCUCCCUCCGAGCCCCGGCGUCGAAUUACACCGUCAGCGAGGAUCUCCACGGGCCGGUCAGCGAGUUUGGUCGCGUCCUAACCGGGGGGGGAAAUUGAAUCUCGACUUUUCUUCUCCAGCUGCCCUUCAUUAAUGGAGAAAAUGGCCAGACCUAUCCCUCUAAACCCAACUUUCCUGCCGCCGACCCACGGCGUUCUGAAAUCCCUGCUGGAAAAUCCGCUAAAGCUGCCUUUCCACCACGAUGAAGGAUUUGGGAAAGACAAGGAGAAAGAGAAGAAGCUGGAUGAUGAAGGCACCGCCGCCAACCACCCACAGUCAGCUUUCCUGGGACCGACCCUGUGGGACAAGACCCUGCCCUACGAUGGAGACAGUUUCCAGCUGGAGUACAUGGACCUGGAGGAGUUCCUGUCAGAGAACGGCAUCCCCGCCAACACAGCCCAGAGCGACGCUGCCCCACAGGCACCCCAGGCGCCGCAGCAGGCCCCGGCGCCCACCCCACCUACUCCCACCACGCCCUCUGUGGUGGACCUGAGCAGUCGCGCCACCACGUCGGUUCACAACGGCAUGGCGCCUCAGCCCUGCCUCCACAGCCCCGCCACAGCAGCAGCUCGGGACACCCCCAGCCCCAUCGACCCAGAGUCCAUCCAGGUGCCCGUGACCUACGACCCCGACCCCGCCGACCUGGCUCUGUCCAGCGUGCCCGGUCAGGAGAUCUUCGACCCCAGGAAACGCAAAUUCACCGCUGAGGAGCUGAAGCCUCAGCCGAUGAUCAAGAAGGCCCGCAAGGUCUUCAUCCCCGAAGACCUGAAGGACGACAAGUACUGGGCCCGGCGCAGAAAGAACAACGUGGCCGCCAAGAGGUCACGGGACGCCCGGCGGCUGAAGGAGAACCAGAUCGCCAUCCGCGCCGGCUUCCUGGAGAAGGAGAACGCCGCUCUGCGCAUGGAGGUGGCAGACAUGAGGAAGGAGCUGGGCCGCUGCAAGAACAUUCUGGCUAAAUACGAGGCCCGACACGGGCCCCUGUGAGCCCCCGACCCCCCGUACACCAGCCCACACCCUCUCUACCCCCCCUACCCAUCAGCCCUCCAGUUUAAGGACAAUGUGUCUCUUUUGUGGCACUGCCCCCGUCCUCCUCCACCCCUCCCCUCCCCCCCACAUCUGUAUGAUUCUGGUAUUAUAACUGUCAUUA